AUCUUUAGCUGUUAAUUUAUACCUAUUUGAUUAGGUUAAAAAUACGCUGUUUAAGUUGGCCACUUUUGUUAUUUUUAGUGUGGUGAAAGUUGGCCUGAGGGGUGUGUGUGGCCAGUGGUCCCGUGAGAGACAGCAUGUGGCACUAUCUCCCUAGGUAGCUUACAACUGAGACUUGGUACACCUCUCACUCACUUUCGCCAACCCGAAUCCUACGUACGAUCAUUCAUCGCAACAAAAUCACACGCCGUGAGUGAUUAGUAUCUCUCCUGCUUGGGCCCCGUGGGCUGGUUAGGCUAUGGAAAAUUCCACGGCCACCCUGGCCUCGCUUCUGCGAGCCUCCACUAUCCAAGACCACAACGAGAUCCUGAAAGCCGCCAAUGCUGUUAUCAGGGCCUCCAAGCAGGACGUCAAUGCGCAACGUACCCGGGUGGUUGCCCUUUUAAAACUCGAUCGCUUCGAUGAUGCCCUUCGAGCCAUAGAUGAGGGGGGGCAUGUCUUAGCGAAAAAAUGCCUAUUCGAGAAGUCGUACGCUCUCUACAAGUCGGGACGGCUAGACGAUGCGGAAAAGGCGGUGCAGACGGAGUCGACGUCCGCGGUGUCAUCUCGUGCCGUCCACCAUCUCACUGCCCAGAUUGCAUACCGCGCAGAGAAAUUCGCGGAGGCUAUAGAUGCCUACCGCCAUCUGUCGCGAGACCCCCGCUGUGGCCUGGCCGGAGAGGAGAACGACCUGAGGAUCAAUAUUCUAGCUACGGCCGCCCUGCUUGAAUGGAAUGGCCUUGCCCACAAGCUUGAAGAGCAGGAACGACGGCCGUCUCGUGACCACCUCGAGGCCUUUGAAACAUCCUAUAAUGCUGCGUGCUGUUGUAUCGCGAGGAGCGACUUCGCUAGUGCGUCUAUUUUUCUGAAACGUGCGCAAGAUCUAUGUGAGGCCAGCGAGGACCUGUCCACAGAUGAGAAAAAGGUUGAGCUGCUACCGAUCAUGGUUCAGCACGCGUAUGCCCUCGCGAGGCUGGGCAGAGGCGAUGAAGCAUCGACCUUGCAUCGGUCCAUCGUGCCGUCUGAGAUCUCGGAGGCGCCGACGAGGGUGAUUGCGCAGAAUAACCAAGUUGCAAUACACACCGUGGGCCGAAACCCUUUCCUUACACAGCGCCUUCUCCGCUCGGUUACGAGCCUUUCUCACGGCGAAAGACUGUUCCAAUACCAGGCAUCCGUUCUGCGACGAAAUCAAUACACCUUAGAUCUCCAGGUGCAAAAGUUCAAGGGCGUCGAGUCUUCUGCCUCAAAAACUAUCCUUCGGAGCCCACCCCCUACUAUGCUAAUGGAAACGGCGGGCCUAGGAGUUAUCGGCGCAGCGGCCCAUGUUCGCAUGCAAACCGGAGCAGACGUUCUUGAGGAGCUUCUGCCCCUUGUAGACAAACGUCCAACGGAUGUCGGGCUUCUUUUAACUAUAGUUCAGCUGUACUCCCGAAACAAAAACACUGGACCGGCGCUGAGCCUUUUGGAAGCCUUCCUCAACCGCAUUGAGGAACUGUCGAUCCCCGGCUGUGAAGAUUUGAGAUUCGCACCUGGCCUCGUUGCCGUGGUUGUAGCGCUUUAUCGGGCGCGCGGGCGGCAACAUUCUAUUCGUACUGAGUUGAGGAGAGCUUGCACUCACUGGCGUUCAAGAUCACCAGAAUCUGCCGCGUCACUAUUACGAGAGGCUGGGAAACAGUUGCUCAAAUCUUCCGAUCCCGCCGAUAUUGCUUCUGCUGGAGAAGCAUUCGACACCCUGGUGGAAAAGUCUGAAAAGGACAGGGUCGCAGUCACGGGGCUCGUAGCCUCUUUCGCAAACCGCGAUUAUACUAAGAUCGAGCCGUACCUUAGAAGCCUCACUCUCGUCGAGAAACUGGUUGGCGGGAGCGAUAUCCAGAGGCUCGUUGCUGGCGGUGUCGCUUCCUUCCCAGCGCCCUCAGGCAAGAGGCCAGCGCAGAGAGGGCUAGAAAGGCCAGCGAAGCGCCGGCGGAAGAAGCGACUACCUAAGAAUUACGAAGAGGGUAGCCAACCUGACCCGGAACGGUGGCUCCCUCUUCGUGACCGCAGCACGUAUCGACCCAAAGGAAAGAAAGGCCGAAAACGGGCCCAGGAACUGACUCAGGGCGGUGUGGUUAGGGAAGAGGAAACGCUUGAGCUAGUUGGUGGCGCUGGUGCUGUCAAGGUGGAAAAGGCGGCCGGCGUCCAGGGAGGAAAGAAAAAGAAGGGGGGGAAGAGAUAAAAAGGCUGGGGUUUAAGCGCACGCAAUCGGAUGCAUUAGAAUCGUGUACGGGACUUGGUUAAGUCCUAGGAGUGGACGAAUUCUACUAGAACCCAUGGAUAUACAACGACUACCGCGACAUCUUUACACCUCUAGAAGUACUUCAUACUCUCAGGCCGAUCCGGGUUAU